UCAUAUAUAAAGAGCGUCGGCGCUAUACUCAAUAUUACGCAGACGCUGCUACUGCGCGAUCUGGAUGCUGUGAGACUAGGUGGUGAAAUUCGCCGAAAUACUACACAGACAGUCCGCGACCUGGGCGCGUUCACUGCCCACCGUUUUUCUCUCGUUCGAAAGGAAAAUAUUUUUCUAAUUACACAAAAAUUUAACAUUCAGUGAAUUUUCUUCUCAACUUUUUGUCAAUACUUGAAAAAAACCCCCCAAAAAGGAAAACAAAAAUUAAUUACAAAACAAAAAAUGACAAUUUUCAUAUUGUUUCUUGUUUUUAAUGAAGAAAACUUUUUAAUGAAAGCAACUGGUCUUUGUUUUUUUCGCAAGAUAUAAAUUCGUGUUGUACACACUGAAGGAAAUCAACCACCUGUGAACUUUAUAUACAUGUUUAGAAUGCAAAUACUUAAUAAAUUGUUGUUCGCUUCGAUUAUGGAUAAGUUAUUAUUUUAUGGUGAUAAUGUUGGUGGCUUGUCGUCUCAAUUUUCAAUCAAAGAAAUUGUGUUUAAUGAGAAAUAAAAAAGAGUUUAAAAACACUUGCUGGAAUGAAGUACCUGAAAGUGACUCUUUUUGUAUUCAACCUUUUAAUAUGGUUGGCCGGGUGCUCAUUAAUGUUUCUGGGCACCUGGUUGUUAAUGGAGCCAAGCAAAGGACAUCUUUUAAAUCUCUUUCUGCCCAAUUUGACUCCCCAUGAGACAAUUCACUUAAUUGCAUACAGUUUACUCGGACUUGGACUGACAGUUCUCACUGUUGGCUUUUUCGGAUGUCGAGCAGCUCUCCAUGAAAAUCAAUGCAUUCUGGCAAUUUAUAUGAGUAUGCAGAUUGCAUUAAUUAUCACGGAAUUGAUAACGGCAGCUAUUAUGGGUCUGAUGACGUUCAGAAUUCUCUCGGGAUUAGAAGAGAGACUUGCAAGUCGAUUAGCCGAUCAUUACGGUCAUGAUCCAACGAGUGACAUACCCUUCAGUCACAGUCUUGAUUUCGCACAAUAUAAGUUUAAUUGCUGUGGUAUUCAUGGUGACAAUGAUUACAAUGGCACUGCCUGGUGGAGGGAUGGUCAAAUUUCAGGAUCAAAGCGACAAGUUCCUCUUACAUGUUGUGUUUUGAAAGAUGAUGAGAUUAAAAAUACAGGAAGUCCAAUGAGUGUAAUAUCUCGAGUGUUUUAUCAAAAUAGUGAAACACCAUGGCUUCAUCCACAACCAAAGGACAUGAAUGCUUGCCAAGUAGAAGAUUCAGUAGGUCAUGAUGGUUAUAGACAUAAACAAGGUUGCUUAGACAAAGUUAGCGAUUGGUUGGAAUUCGAAAGUUUUACCCUAGUUUUUCUGGGAAUGUCCAUGGCGGGAAUUCAAACAUUCGGAAUAAUUACGUCAGCAUUCUUGUGUCGGACAAUUAGGGACAUGCGCACAGAAUGAAGAGGACUGCGUGUUAUAGAACAUUAUUUAAAACAAAGGAAUUAAUGUCUAAAAACGUUGGUAUAUAUUUAUUAAAGCAACGUUUUAUUGAUAAUCGGUUAGAUUUAAAUGUAUACUAAUUUUUUGUGAAUAAAAUUUUGCAUUCGUACGCGUUUUUUUAUAUUUUCUUUUUUUUGAAAAACAUACAGUUUUUAUAUUUUCUUUAAAAAAUAAUAUUUUUUCUUUUUAAAACAUAACUUUUUUUUAAAAAAUAUUUUUUUUUUUAAACAAAUUAUUUUUCUCUUAAUUUUCUUAAAUAUAAUAAAGUCACAUCGCGUUUUAUAUUUAAAGAAAAAGUAACGAGGCUCAUUAAUAUAUACAUAUGGAUACGUUUUUUCAUGUAAAAUAAAAAGCAUUUGAAUCGAAUUCGCGUACUGCUCAUAUUAUAUAAAGGCUCAAACAAUUUUUAAGAAAUAACAGGAAAAGAAAAACCCAAAAGGACAUUUAAAAAUGAAACUUUUAUAAAUGAAAGCUAGAAACUGCCGCUUUUUAUUCUAGCACAUAAAUAAUUAAUAUCUGAAUAAGACACUUUGUACAUUCUAAAUCUGAAUAAGUAAAAAGUAAUUAAUAUAUAUAUUUUAUAAU